AUGCUCUGGCUGAGCACUCAUCAAUUUCGCCAGCAACAUGUUGCAAUUCUGGAGGGCGUCAAACAAGGAACCGGCGAGUGGUUUGUGAAACAUGAUAAGGUCCAAAGCUGGUUCGAGGGCAAGACGGGCUUGCUCUGGUGUCCAGGCCUGCCUGGUGCUGGUAAGACACAUUUGAUGUCCCUCGUCGUGGAUACCAUCGAGAGGAAGCCAAAAACAGACGACUUUAUGCACGCGUAUAUCUACUGCAGUUACAGUCGCCGAAAAGAACAGAGCUCGGCUGCUCUUCUAUCAAGUCUGCUUUUGCAAGUUCUUCAACACUCUGAAAGCGAUGCAAUACCAUCCGAGGUCUUGUUGCUUUACAACUCACACCUCAAAUACGGCACUCGUCCCACAUCGAAACAGCUGAAGGGCGCCUUGGAAGAAUUGAUUGUGGCGUACAAGAAAUUCUUUGUGGUGAUUGACGCUUUGGAUGAGUGUGCUGAAUCGGAGCAAGAUACCCUCGAGUUUUUGUCCGUUCUUCGCUCCGUUGGCUCCAACGUUCACAUACUGUGCAGCUCUCGAUCCUCAACUACCUUUGAGGGAUAUUUUUCUGCGGCCGACAAAUUAGUAAUACUUGCUCGGGAAGAAGAUGUGGGAUUGUUUUUGGACUCGGAGAUCACCCGACAUCCUGGGCUGUCCAGGCAUGUUCGAGUCGAUCCAACUCUCAGGCAAGAGAUCAUCACUUGCAUCAAUGCAAAAUGCCAGGGAAUGUUUCUCCUCGCCAAACUACAUAUCGAGCCUCUGUACAACAAGAUAAAUCGAAAAGCAGUGCGCUCGGCACUUCUUACGCUGCCAAAAACCUUGGAUGAUACCUACUCAGAGGCUUUGCAAAGAAUCUAUGAUCAACCCUCUGAUACAGUGGAGCUAGCAGAGAUAGUGUUGCUAUGGGUUGUCUGUGCUCAUCAACCCUUGACAGUCGCACAGCUUCAGCAUAUGCAUGCCAUGCGGGAGCUAUCAGAGGAUAUGACAUUCGAUGAUGACGAUCUACCCGAUGGUGAGAUCCUGACUGGGGCAUGUGGAGGCCUUGUCAGUGUUGAUGGCGAGUCGCAAACCAUUCAACUCAUUCAUUAUACCGCCCAAAAUUACUUCGAACGAUCCUUCGCUCAGAAGCUGAUGGCAGCGAGACUGAAUCUCACGCAGAUCAGCUUAGCCUAUUUGGGACUCCCAAAUUUCGAGUCUGGGUUUUGUACAAGCGAUGCAGACAUGCUACAACGUCUGGGGGAAUACCCGUUCCUUGAAUAUGCCGCCAAACAUUGGGGCUCGGACAUUAAUUCUCUUGACAUGGAUCAGCUUUUAUCCAAAGUUGACCGAGUCUUUUCCAACUCAACAAUAAUUGAAAUGACCAGUCAGGCAUGGAGCAUUUCCACUUCUCGCUACUCCAACUGGAGCCAGGAGUUUCCUCGCAAUUGCCCAGCCUUGGUUCUAGCAUCAGCCUUUGAGGUUCCAGUGCUCCUUGAACAUCUGGUUUUAAGCGGCCACCAAGUCGAAGGCAAAGGCACAGACGAGGAAACGGCUCUGAUUAGGGCGGCGAAAUUUGGCCGCACGGGGAAUGUGCGCUUCCUCCUGCAAAAAGGUGCCGAAGUCAACUCCAAGGACUACACGCAUGAGACAGCUUUACAAAAGGCCGCUGGGAUGGGUCAUGAAUCCGUGGUCAGGUUGUUAUUGGAUGGGGGCGCAGAUGUGAAUACCAAAGCUUCUAACAGUUGGUCUCCACUCAUGUCUGCCGUCUCCAGUGGGAGCGUUGGGACCGUUCGCAUGCUGGUUGAAGCUGGUGCAAACUUGACAACGGAGACCGACUGGGGAAGCUCUGCUUUGAGCAUGGCCAUACAGAGUGGACAGGAAGAUAUUGCAGUCUUUCUAGCAGAUCAGGGUGCCAUCCUGCCUCAUGGAGAGGUCGGUCGUCGUACCCCUAUGAUUGCGUCAAGAAGAGGGUUCCACCGCUUAGUACGACUUUUGACUAUUGAUCAUCGAGCAAUUGCCGAAAACCCUUUACGGCGUCAAGCAUCGCGGCUGAUGAGUGGUGUGGCUGAGUGCCUAGAUGAAGCAUCAUACGAUAGCAGAUCUGAUUCUGCCCCUGAAAACCAGACAGGUUAUGAAGUCUCCUUCGGAGAGUUCAUGGAGCAGUACGACAUCAAAACUGGUUUUUCCCGUCAUUACAAGCGCAAAGUAGAGAUUGGACACGGUGGCUUUGGCACCGUAUGGCUAUGUCACAGCACAGUGACGGGUGUACCGUUUGCGGUGAAAACCUAUCGUGACAUCAAACGGUAUCUUCGAUCAUCAGAUAUUGGAGGGAUCCGUGCUGAGAUUAAUCUGCUGCAUGAGCUGAAAAGGAAUUAUCAUCCAAAUUUGAUCAGAAUGGUUGACAUAUUCGCAAAUCUCGAGACCAACAUGUUAUCGGUUGUUCUGGAGCUUGCGCCAGCCGGGGACCUUCAUCAAUUUAUUGUCGACAACAGCAAACUUGGCGAGUAUGAAACCAGAAUCAUUUUUAGUCAAUUGUUUUCUGGUAUACAAUUUUUGGUAAGCCGCCUCUCAUCACCGGGACUUUGCUGGGUUUGUUUCUAA